UAAAUCCGAGAGACGACCAGCAGUCAGUUGGUCAUCAACCCUCACCCUUAACAGCAGCUCUCUGUGAUAAGCUUUGUUGUGAGCUGUGUAUCGUCCCAAAUCGAGUUCAAAGUUAGAAAAUGUGCGCCGAAGAUAGUUAUCUGUUCACUGUUCCCAGUGUGGAAAAGGCUCCGGAAAAGUAUGACGAUCGCGUCGCCGAGUUAAACGAGUUCUACAAGAAUAUUGCUUCGGAGCAGCUACGCGAGGACGAUGCCAUGCGCCAACAAGGUCUGGAGCAGUUGCGCGACUGGAUCGCAAAGCAUCCACAUAUCAAGAAGUGUCGUACGGAUGCACCCUUCCUGUUGCGAUUCCUACGUGGCAAGAAGUACUCAAUCAACACUGUUACGGAGACCCUGGAACGGUACUUGGUGGCUCGUAUGAUGUACCCGCAGUGGUUCACCAAGCUGGACAUCGAAGAGCCGCAGCUUUCGGCCCUGGUUGACACCGGAUACUUGUUCCCGCUUCCGGAACGGGAUGCCCAGGGUCGUGCUUUGAUCUUCAACGACACCGCCCAGCUGGAUCCAACGAAGUUCACUGCAGCAGAUGUGCUCCGCAUCCACAUGUUGGUCAACGAAUCGUUCUUCGACACCAACGAAGUCCAGUGCGCCGGCCUGGUUCUGGUUUACGAUCUCUCCGGAAUGACCAUGUCUCAGUUGAGCUUGGUCACUCUAAGUGAAAUCCGGGUGCUGGCGUCGUUUCUGAACAAAGCCUUCCCGCUGAGAAUUCAGGAGUUCCACUUUGUCAACACUCCUUCGGCUACGCUUACCAUCGCUAACUUUGCACUUGCCUUACUCAGUGAAAAGCUGCGUGAACGAGUCUUCUGCCACAAAAACUGGGACGAGUGCUACACCAAGCUGGAUAAGAACCUGCUGCCAAAGGAAUACGGUGGUAAGACCCCUCGAGCGGAAAUGAUUGGUGCCUUCAAGAAGCGUUGCCAGCAAAUGCGCGGCCGCAUGCAGCUGAACGACGAGAUGGAAAUUGAAGUCAGCAAGGAUUCCAAGUAUUGGCAGGAAAAUUCGGAUGCUGAGAUGGAGAGCGGAGCCGUUGGAACUUUCCGUCAGCUGACUGUUGAUUAAACUGGGGAGUGUGAAAUAAGGCUUAUGGUAUUGUUAUAUGUGUGUGUUUGUGUGCAUCUUGAAAUAGGGUACAAACCGAUUCGCCUUCGAUGUUGAAGGUGGUUAUCAUUCAACUGAAAUGUUAUUGAGUAGAAUAAUAAACUAGAAGCAAUCUGUUGAAGUUCAAAACAUA